AUUGUCCUGUGCCUUUAAGGCUCCGUUUCCUGUUGGAGGAGGAGGAGGGCAGGCGAGGCAGUGGUGGCAGCGGCUCGGCGAUGAAGCCCCGGUGGCUCUGGCUGUGCUUGGUGGCGCUGGCGGCGUGGAGUCCGCGCCGGGCGGGGGGCUACUUCCCCGAGGAACGCUGGGUGCCCGAAUCCCCGCUGCGGCCUCCUCGGGUGCUGCUGGCGCUGCUGGCCCGUAACGCUGCUCACUCUCUGCCGGCAGCGCUCGGCUGCAUCGAGAGGCUGCGGCACCCAAAGGACCGUAUCGCGCUCUGGGUGGCAACUGAUCACAAUGUGGACAACACAACGGCAGUGCUUCGGGAGUGGCUGAUGAAUGUUCAAAGCCUGUACCACUCUGUGGAGUGGCGGCCCUCGGAUAAGCCCAGGUUCUAUCCAGAUGAGGAGGGUCCCAAGCACUGGUCAAAUUCCCGUUACGAACACAUCAUGAAGCUUCGUCAGGCGGCUCUGAAGUCUGCGCGAGACAUUUGGGCUGAUUACAUCCUGUUUGUGGAUGCUGACAAUCUUCUGACAAAUCCCGACACCCUGGGCCUCUUGAUAGCCGAGAACAAGACUGUGGUGGCACCAAUGCUGGACUCGCGGGCAGCCUAUUCAAACUUCUGGUGUGGGAUGACCUCACAGGGCUAUUACAAGCGCACACCUGCCUACAUCCCCAUCAGAAAACGUGACCGCCAGGGUUGUUUUGCUGUUCCCAUGGUGCACUCUACCUUUCUCAUCGACCUACAGAAAGAGGCCUCCCAGAAGCUUAUCUUCUAUCCACCCCACCCGGAUUACACUUGGGCAUUUGAUGACAUCAUAGUCUUUGCUUUCGCCUGCAGGCAGGCAGAUGUUCAGAUGUACCUAUGCAACAAAGAGGUCUAUGGCUUCCUACCAGUGCCUCUGCGAUCCCACAGCACCCUGCGUGAUGAGAUAGAGAGCUUCAUGCAUGUGCAGCUGGAGGUCAUGGUUAAGAACCCUCCAGUCGAACCUUCCCGUUAUCUGUCUGUGCCUCCCAAAGUCCCAGACAAGAUGGGACUUGAUGAGGUCUUCAUGAUUAAUCUGAAGCAUCGCAACGAUCGCCGGCAGCGGAUGCUGCAGACUCUGUAUGAGCAGGAGAUUGACUGCAAAAUUGUUGAGGCUGUGGAUGGGAAAGCAAUGAACAGUAGCCAGGUGGAGGCCAUGGGCAUCAAGAUGUUGCCAGGUUACAAGGAUCCAUACCAUGGGCGUCCCCUCACUAAGGGGGAAUUAGGAUGCUUCCUCAGCCACUAUAAGAUUUGGAAAGAGAUCGUCGAGAGAGGCCUGGAGAAAUCAGUAGUGUUUGAGGACGACCUGCGCUUUGAGAUCUUUUUCAAACGGCGCUUGAUGAACCUUAUGUAUGACUUGGAAGAAGAGGGCCUGGACUGGGAUUUGAUCUAUAUUGGCCGGAAGCGCAUGCAAGUGGAGCAUCCCGAGAAAGCCGUACCCCAUGUCCGCAAUCUGGUGGAAGCCGAUUACUCCUACUGGACACUGGCUUACGUCAUCUCCUUGCAGGGUGCCCAAAAGCUAUUGGAGGCCAAGCCUCUCUCCAAGAUGUUACCUGUGGAUGAGUUCCUGCCUGUCAUGUUUGACAAACACCCUGUAUCUGAGUACAUGGAGCACUUUGAUAACCGGAACUUGCUGGCCUUCUCAGUAGAGCCCCUCUUGGUCUACCCGACGCACUACACUGGUGAUGAUGGCUACAUCAGCGACACAGAGACCUCUGUGGUGUGGAACAAUGAGAACGUUAAAACUGACUGGGACCGGGCCAAGUCGCAGAAGAUGAAAGAGCAGCAGGAACUGACAAAUGAAGCCAAGAACUCGGAUGUGCUUCAGUCCCCCCUUGACAGCACAGCCCGUGAUGAGCUAUGACCCUGCUGGGCAUAGACAAAGGGGACUGCAGGAAAAGCAUGAUGUGGGCAUGGUGUGAGGGGAGGGCUUUUCUCUCCCUAAGGUUUUAUGGGUUGAUUCUCUUGGAUGUCAACUGCGGGGUCCAGUGUAUGACACACUUUCUAUCCUACCUUGUGGCAACACUUAUGUAACCCAGUUCCCUGAGGUAGGGCGACACUUUUUGUUUGAGGGCCCACAGAGCCUGACACGGAAGUACUUGGGUUUGCUCAGUCCUGCCCUUCCCCCACUUUCACCCUCUUCUUCCAUUUGGAAAGUGAUGCAGGUAAGCUCUUGCCAUACUCGCUGUGUAAGAGAAGUUUUAUUCUCUGAUUAUUAGCCUACUGGGACCCCUGUCUCUGUUGGGAGGAGGGGGUGGUGGCUGGUCCUUGAGAAAGGGACUGAGUUGUUGCAGCCCAGAUCAGCAGGCUGCAGCACCAGAGUGCUCUGUGUCAGUCAAAACCAGCUCUCGGUGUAAGGCUGAGGACAUUUUGGUUAUUUUUAUAUAAAAAUUUGCCAUUGACAGUUUCA